AUGUUCAGGAGAGUCGCAGCAGCAGUUCCUGCCCAGGCCGGUCGGGUGCUCGCAACCGCCGCCAGACCGAGCAUCGCCUCGCCCCUCCGCACAACAGCACCCACAGUAUCAGCAGCUGGCAGGCGGCAAUAUCACGAGAAAGAUAAGUCGCACCUUUGCGCAAUGGCACUAACAUCUCCAGCACUGCUCGAUCACUACAGCCGCCCUCGUAAUGUCGGCUCCAUGUCGAAGACUGACACUGACGUCGGUACCGGUCUCGUUGGCGCACCCGCAUGCGGCGACGUCAUGAAGCUGCAGAUUCGUGUCGACCCCAACAACAACACCAUUAGCGACGUCAAGUUCAAGACCUUUGGUUGCGGUAGCGCGAUCGCGAGUUCGAGUUAUCUGACCGAGUUGGUGCGUGGUAUGACUCUGGAGGAUGCGGCGAGGAUCAAGAACACAGAGAUCGCGAAGGAGCUGUGUCUGCCGCCUGUCAAACUGCACUGCUCCAUGCUUGCUGAAGACGCCAUCAAGUCCGCCAUCUCGAACUACUACACCAAGAACCCCAAGGCCCGUGCCACAGAUCUCGGCGGCAAGUCGGCGCCGCUGCCCAAGGUCGAAGUUGAGACUGUUUCUGCCACUGCGUAG